CAUCCCGUCAUCGUCGCCACCCAUCUCUCUUUUUCUUGCUCUUCUCCACCGCAGCCGACCGACCGAGCUCACUCACCAUCUGAUCCCUAUAUCUGAUUCGAUCCCCCACUGGCUAGCAUGGACAUGGACAUGGGCAUGACCAUGGUGGGCUUAGACGAGGACCUGGACCAGGUGCUGGCUGCCAUAAGCUCCGCCGGGAGCUCGGCAACGUCUGCGCCCGCCGCUACAGGCGGCAGCAGUGAGGACGACGAGACAACCGCAGCCACUGAGCUCCGGAGGGGCCCCUGGACGGUGGACGAGGACAUCUUGCUCGUCAACUACAUCGCCGCCCACGGCGAGGGCCGCUGGAACUCGCUCGCCCGCUCCGCCGGCCUGAGGCGCACCGGCAAGAGCUGCCGCCUGCGGUGGCUCAACUACCUGCGCCCCGACGUGCGGCGGGGCAACAUCACGGUGGAGGAGCAGCUGCUGAUCCUGGAGCUGCACUCGCGCUGGGGCAACCGCUGGUCCAAGAUCGCGCAGCACCUGCCGGGGCGCACCGACAACGAGAUCAAGAACUACUGGCGCACCCGCGUGCAGAAGCACGCCAGGCGCCUCCGCUGCGACGCUAACAGCGCGCAGUUCCGCCACCUCUGGAUGCCGCGCCUCCUGGAGCGCGCCCAGGACCUGCAGCAGCCGGCCGCGGCGACCGUGCCCGCCGCCGUCGCCCAAGCGGCGCCGGCGACCACCACGACCAGCGCGCCGCCGCCCGCGUGUUAUUAUAACUACUACUACGACGACCACCACCACCUGGCGCACCAGCAAGGCGCUCUCCACCAGUACUACAGCGAACCGGCAGGCCAGACGGCGGCGGCGGCCACGGCUCUGAGCCCCGACGACGCCUCCAGCGCGCUGCGGCCGCCGUCGUCGUCGCUCACGGCGGACGACGGCGCGGCGCGUUACGCUGCAGCUUACGAGACCUCGGCGAACGACCUGCAGGUUCUGCACCAGUGCGGCGCCGAUGCAGGAAGCGGCCCAACGACGACGACCGAGGACGACGUGUUCGCCGGGACGACCUGGUCGGAUCUCCUCGCCACCGCCACCGCCACCGGCCCUGACGGCGACGACUCCAGCUCAUCCAUGAUCGGCCUGCAGAUGGAGGACUUUGGGUUUGGGUUGGGGGAUCUCGCGGACGACGGCCUCUGGAGCCUGGACGACCUUUUUUGCUUCCAGCAGCUGUGCUGAUGCGUACCAUCGCGCGCCAUGCAUGCACACCCACACAUCCUUUGGAGUAAUCGACAAGUAAGUCACUGAUGAGGGAAAGAGACGACACAAAUGAAGAACAGUUACAUAUAAUACAUGCUGCAUAUAUAUAUACAUGUGGAAUAUUAUUGUCGGAGAAAAAAAAUAUAAACAAGACAAGGAGCACACUCACGUACGGCAGCAAUAAUUAAAGCUAGAUUGGUCUAUGUUAGUAUGAUGACCAACUCGAAAAACAUGGGCAUGUAUAUAUACACAUGCAUAUAUGUCCGCUAGUUUUGACACUAUUACUAGCAGUCUAGCACGGGUCUCUAGAAGGUUGUGUGUUAAUUAAACACCUUCAGUUUUUCGUGCGUGUGCGUCCAUAUAGAGUUUUGCAAAAUUUUGCAUCCAUUUUCUUUCUUGUCCUCAACUGUAAAGAAAUUCAUUAUUGUGUGAAUAUGUACCAGAGGUUUAGCGGAUGCA